CCUUAGCUACUGGUGAUGCAAAGAAAGGCGAGUUUUAUUCUUGUCGAUGAGGCAACAAAACUAAUUUUGAAAUCUACAAAGACAACCAGAGCAGGAGGGAAAUACCAUGGCACAUCAGUGUCUCUAUGGGAACUGCUCUACUCCAAAUACAUCACUGAGGAAAAGAGGAGAGAGCUAGUGCAACAGUACAAGUCUGGAUCAAUCACAAUUGAACGCUUCUUAGAAAUGAUCCUGACAAUCAUUCAGCAACAGACCACAACAACCUCAUCGUCAUCACUUGUCAUGUGCCAACCACCAGAAACAAACGUGGAUAGCAGCACAACCACCAUCACCACUACAGUUACAGAGAAAACUGAAGUUCAAAGCUUCCAUGGAAUCAGAAAGGAUGUCACUGCUACUGAGUUGCUUGAAUCAAAAAUCAUCAAUGAGGACCUCUACAAAAAUCUUACUGCUGGAAAAGUCACAGUGACAGAAGUAAGUGAAAUGGACUCAGUACGUAAGUACUUAAAGGGAACUAACAGCAUUGCAGGAGUGUACCUUCAGUCCACCAAAGAGACCCUGAGUAUAUAUGAAGCCAAAAGCAGAGGCCUGCUAACUCCAGGUACUUCUCUGGUUCUGCUGGAAGCCCAAGCUGCCACUGGCUUUGUAAUCGACCCAGUAAACAACAAGAAACUUUCUGUAGAGGAAGCUGUGGCUCAAAGAGUGGUUGGCAAAGAGUGGAAAAAUAAACUGCUUUCAGCAGAAAGGGCUGUUACAGGAUACAAAGAUCCCUACACUGGAAAGACAAUUUCGUUGUUCCAAGCCUUGAACAAAGAUCUCAUUGUGAAAGAUCAUGGAAUUCGUCUUCUAGAAGCGCAAAUUGCCACAGGAGGCAUAAUUGACCCAGUGCACAGUCACAGAGUUCCUGUUCAGGUAGCAUAUACAAGAGGUUACUUUGAUGAAGAAAUGAACAAGAUUCUGUCUGACGCUGAUGAUGACACCAAGGGCUUCUUUGACCCCAACACCCAAGAGAACCUCACCUAUCUUCAGCUGGUUGAGAGGUGUGUCACUGAUCCCAUCACAGGCCUGAGCUUACUUCCGUUGCACAAGUGACGGAAAGAAAACCUUUCUAAAAGCAUUAACCUUUGAAUUUUUAACCUUCAGUGUACUCAUAAUACAAGUUAAUACUUUCUCCUUGUGCUUUUAACAAAUCAUUUUAUCGUCAGUUAUUUCAAUAGCCUGCUAUCCGCUGUAAAAAUGCCAACUGGUCUUAUAUGACUUAACUCUGAAAAUUACACUAUGUAUUUGUUGCCCUUUUCUUGUUUUCAGACCCUUUGAUCACAUUCUAAUUUCCUCUGAUAACACUACAUUUUGUAUUUGCAAAAUUUCCCUGUUUUAACGUUUUUUAUGUCAUUUGUGGAGUCUAAAGAUUGGAUUGAUUUUACAUUGAUAUAACAUGAGCAUACUUGUACCUUGCCUGUACAAACAAGAUUUUGUUGUUUUAUAACAUGCAGGCAAAGCUUUUCUUGCUGAAAUCUUUUGCUUCCAAAGUAAACAAUGAAUUGCUUUAACCUCACUUGGCGGCCAGCCAUACAUUUGGUUUUUUGUGCUAUUGUAAAACCUUUUGUGCAAACUGUUGUCUGUGGCCCAAUAAAGAAGUGAGAUAUAA